ACGGCCGUAGAGUUUGUGACACAUUAGGUGAUAUCCCUCGAGUCACUUCCCUUCAACGAGAUGAAGCGCCUGCCUGCAUUUGGGUCCGCUCAGCAGCCUUGGCCCAUUCCUAGCCGCAGGGCAGGACGCGCAGAGCCCAGCCCGGUGCAGCGCGCCAGCAGCCAGCGGCCGCCCAGCCCGCCCGGCCCGGCCCAGCCCGAAGCCCGUCCAGAGUUCCCCGGCAGCCCGAGCCACGAAAACUGAAAUGUAUCAGACCCCCAUGGAGGUGGCAGUCUGUCAGCUGCACAAUUUCUCCAUAUCUUUCUUCUUUUCCCUGCUCGGAGGGGAUGUGGUUUCCGUUAAGCUGGAUAACAGUGCCUCUGGAGCCAGCGUGGUGGCCAUAGACAACAAAAUCGAACAGGCCAUGGAUCUAGUGAAGAAUCAUCUGAUGUAUGCUGUGCGAGACGAGAUGGAGAUCCUGAAGGAGCAGAUCCGGGAGCUGGUGGAAAAGAACUCCCAGCUGGAGCAUGAGAAUACCCUCUUGAAGACUCUGGCCAGCCCGGAGCAGCUGGAGAAGUUUCAGUCUCGUUUAAGCCCUGAAGAGCCAGCUCCUGAGUCCCCACAAGCACCGGAGGCCCCCGGUGGUUCUGCAGUGUAAAUGGCUGUCCUUGGGGUGGGCAGAGCCACUAAACUUGUUCUACCUAGUUCUUUCCAGUUUGUUUUUGGCUCCCCAAGCGUCAUCUCACGUGGAGAACUUUACACCUAGCACAGCUAGUGCCAAGAGAUGUCCCAAGGACAUGGCCACCUGGGUCCACUCCAGUGACAGACCCCUGACAGAGAGCAGGACUCUGGAGGCUGAGUUGCAUGGGCUUAGUUACCCCAAGCCAGUGAGUCUCUAAUGCCACCGCGCCCUGGGGGCUCCCAGGGCCCGGGCAACUUAGCUGCAACUGGCAAAGGGGAAAGGUAGUUGGAGAUGUGAUGCCAGUUUGCUCCAGAAAGUAUACGGGGUCUGUUUUUUCAUUUCCAUGGACAUCUUCAACAGCUUCACUUGACAAUGACUGUUCUGAUGAAGAAGCCACUUGUGUUUUAAGCAGAGGCAACCUCUCUCUUCUCCCUUGCCUUGCAAGGGCCAGGAGAACAGAUGGGAGAGAUUAAGCCAAGUCAGCCUUCUGUUGGUUAAUAUGGUGUAAUGCAUGGCUUUGUGCACAGCCCAGUGUGGGAUUACAGCUUUGGGAUGACCGCUUACAAAGUUCUGUUUUGUUAGUAUUGGCAUAGUUUUUCUAUGUAGCCAUAAAUGCGUAUAUAUACCCAUAGGGCUAGAUCUGUAUCUUAGUGUAGAGAUGUAUACAUAUACACAUACACCACCUGCAUGUUGAAGGGCCUAACCAGCUUUGGGAGUGUCGACUGGUCCCCUGUGUCUUCAGGCUAAUUCUUUGACUGUGUUCAUUUACCAAGUUGAUCCAGUUUGUCCUUUAGGUUAAGUAAGACUAAAGAAUAAAGGCAGGGAAGGGGCCAGCAUCGGGAGGUGGCCACGGAUGCCUUGCUGCUGCAGCUCCUUUCCAUCUGUUCAUCAAAGGCAUGUGAGGUCCUCUUUUGAAUGCCAAACCCACCAUUCACUGGUGCUGACUAAACAGAAUGGAGUUGAGAGAAAAUAAGCUUGGACUUCACGGUGUCAUUUAAAAACAUUGUUUGUUUGUUUUUUUAACUCUUGUGGGAAACUUUCAAGUGACCAGCGAUUGGCUUGAUGGUGUCCCGUUGUGGACAAUGGAAUGACUUUGACCUGCUGGUGCCUGGGCAAUGUCCUCAGGGAGCUUUUCUCUAGGGGGUUGUGUGACAGUGAACACUUUCCACUUUCUGACACCUUAUCCUGAUGUAUGUCUCCAGGAUUGGGAUUUUGAUUUUUCAAAUGUAGCUUGAAAUUUCAAUAAACUUUGCUCUUUUUUUCUAAAAAUAAAA